CUUCCGUCCAUUCUACACAUAUCAAUCACAGAUUGCUCACCACCUAAGCCCGAUCAACAGGACAAUAACCUUCUGUCCAUUCCAAAACAUCGAUCACAGAUUGCUCACCAGCUGAGCCUGAUCAACCGAACGACAACCUUUUCGUCCACCAAAGAUAACUCCUACUAUUAAUGCCUCCGUACAGCUCACUAAAAAGAGCAACUAGCAGCCCUAGUUCAGUCGCAUCAAGACACAAGCAACUAGAGAAUGUGUCUAGGAGUAUAUUAAUCCAGAUCUCUUACCAGAAAAUCUCCUAGUUAACACUAUGCCACAGAGGCCUAAGGUCGCGAAGUUUCAUACAGGCAGCACCCAGCUCAGUCCGAAUCCUAUGGUCUCUGACCUAAACCUUAACAAUCAACAAUGCUACACAAUAGCCCGCAAAGACUACCGCGAUAAUCUAAGGGACAAAGAAACAAUCUACAAAAGGCUAAAGGCCUUAAGGGCAAUCUUAGAGCCCUCUAACAAGCAGCUCAAGCAGAGCGCACAAACAGCAUACGACCGCGCAAGGAAGUGGUCAUCAAAAAUGAAACAGGACCAAUGGAUCACAGCGUACAGGAACGCAUAUAUUGAUGCUAAAUCAGUCCACCUGCUAAAUGUGACAGAAUAUCAACCACACUAUGACUUCGUGUCGGCAAUUUCGGACGUAAACCCUGGAUGCGCAGCAGCCAUCCAAUCAAUCCUGGUCCAGCAUGAACAGACCGAUGAGGAUCCACCUAAUUUCCUCACUAGCUGUCUAGAGUUCUUUAAAAAUUGGCAACAAUCACAGCCAGCUCAGCAACCUGGUGUCACCCACAGCGGUUUCGCUACAUACUAA